UCUAACCCACCUCCGGGCUCCUCUCCCUCUCUCCAAUUUCUCCUGCUUAUUAGCCUUUCGAAAGCAAAAAAAAAACUAUCCCAACAAAAUAAAACAAGAAAACGGACACACACACACACACCCAUCAGAGCCUAUUACCAUGAUAACCAUUGCUGAUCCUGUUGAACCCCAAAAGCCAGAGCUUUCUCCUUCUUUGUCUCCUCCAGCAACAAAGCCUUCCUCUGAAACUACUGGUGAUCACAUUUUCAGGUCGAAGUUGCCUGACAUUCCAAUCUCAAACCACCUCCCUCUCCAUACUUACUGCUUUGAAAACCUCUCGAGUUUCCCUGAUAAACCAUGUUUGAUCUCUGGAUCUUCCGGUAAAACCCAUUCUUUCUCCGAAACUCACUUGAUUGCACAGAAGACAGCAGCUGGUUUAUCCAAUUUAGGCAUCAGAAAGGGAGAUGUCAUCAUGAUUCUUCUCCAAAACUGUGCUGAAUUCGUUUUCUCUUUCAUGGGAGCUUCCAUGAUAGGAGCAGUUUCCACCACGGCCAACCCUUUUUACACAUCAACAGAAAUCUUCAAGCAAUACAAAGUUGCUCAAGCCAAACUCAUAGUCACCCAAUCCCAAUACGUUGACAAGCUUAAAGACACCAGCAACAAUGAAAACUUCCCUAAAAUAGGCGAAGAUUUCAAGGUGAUCACCAUCGAUGACCCCCCAGAAAACUGCUUACAUUUCACAGUGUUAUCAGAGGCAAAUGAAAACGAGAUCCCUCAAGUUUCCAUUGACCCUGAUGACCCUGUAGCUUUACCAUUCUCUUCAGGAACAACAGGGUUACCCAAAGGAGUCGUUUUAACUCACAAAAGCUUGAUCACGAGCGUGGCUCAGCAAGUAGAUGGAGAGAACCCAAAUCUGUACUUGAAACAUGACGACGUUGUCCUGUGUGUUUUGCCUUUGUUUCACAUUUACUCACUCAACAGCGUGCUCUUGUGUGCCUUGAGAGCUGGAGCUGCCGUUCUGUUAAUGCAGAAGUUUGAGAUAGGUGCAUUGUUGGAGCUGAUACAGAAGCAUAAGGUGUCGGUGGCAGCGGUGGUGCCGCCGUUGGUGUUGGCGUUGGCUAAGAAUCCGAUGGUGGCUCAGUAUGAUUUAAGCUCGAUCAGGGUGGUGCUUUCAGGGGCAGCCCCGCUCGGGAAAGAGCUUGAAGAGGCUCUCAGGGGAAGGGUUCCUCAAGCCGUUUUGGGUCAGGGGUAUGGAAUGACAGAGGCUGGACCAGUUCUAUCCAUGUGCCUAGGAUUUGCAAAGCAGCCAUUCCCAACCAAGUCAGGCUCAUGCGGCACAGUGGUUAGGAAUGCUGAGCUUAAGGUCAUUGACCCUGAAACCGGCUGCUCCCUUGGCUACAAUCAACCUGGCGAGAUUUGCAUUCGUGGAUCCCAAAUCAUGAAAGGUUAUUUGAAUGAUACCUCGGCCACAGCAACUACCAUAGAUGUGGAGGGUUGGCUUCAUACAGGUGACAUAGGUUAUGUGGAUGAUGGCGAUGAGAUUUUCAUUGUUGAUAGAGUAAAGGAAAUCAUCAAAUUCAAAGGCUUCCAAGUGCCACCAGCUGAGCUUGAGUCCCUCCUUGUAAGCCAUCCAUCAAUUGCAGAUGCAGCUGUAGUUCCGCAAAAAGAUGAAGUUGCUGGUGAAGUUCCUGUUGCAUUUGUGGUUCGAUCAAAUGGGUUUGAACUUACUGAAGAAGCCGUCAAAGAAUUCAUAGCUAAACAAGUGGUUUUCUACAAGAAAUUGCAUAAGGUGCACUUCGUUCAUGCAAUUCCCAAGUCUCCGUCAGGAAAGAUACUGAGAAAAGAUCUGAGAGCCAAGCUGGCUGCCGCCACUACUACCCUGCCUUGAAAAUUCUUCCAGUAAUUUUUCAUUUGGCUUUCGUCAGGCAACCAUGGUGAUUUUCUAGGUGGGCUUAAUGUCUCAAAAAGGAGUUGUUGGCAGCAAAAAACAAAUCACCAACCAUGCCAUUAGUCCUAUGUUGUAUUACGUUGUUUCUUUUCUGUGUCUCAAAUUGGUCCAUGCUCGUAAUGUAAUUUGUUUCGUUGUAUUCUUGUAAUAAGAGGGAAUCAAGUCGGUUCUCGUCGCCUGUGUAAGACUGGAAGGUUUGGACAGACAUUUUAAGUUGGGAGUUCCAAUUGUAAUCUUCUCUUUUGUAUGGAAAAAAGAAGAGAAAAAAAAUUAUUCUUUGAAUUA